GGGAGGGGAGGGGGCGGCCGGCCGCGGGCAGAGCGUGAGUCACCUGACCGCUGCCCGCGCCGCUCGCCAGGCUCGCUCGCUGCCGUCAGUCGGGCCGCGCCGCGCCUCGGCUCUGGCAGUGAGUACGGUGUCAGAAGAACAAACGUGAAAGACACAGGGAUGACACCUCGGGGAGCACCUCGGCCUCUGUCAGCGUGAUGGCCACACUAUAGUUGGGUUUGACGACGAUUAGAAGCAUGCUUUCACUGAACAUCCCCACACCAUCUGUUACGCAGGAUGUCUCUGAGUGAGAACGCGGGUUUUGCCUAUGAAUCUUCAGUGCACAGCACCAACGUCUUGCUCAGCCUCAACGAUCAGCGGAAGAAGGAUGUGCUGUGCGAUGUCACUGUCCUCGUGGAGGGCCAGCGGUUCCGAGCCCACCGAUCUGUGCUGGCGGCAUGCAGCAGUUACUUCCACUCGAGAAUCGUGGGCCAGGCAGAUGCAGAGCUUAACAUUACUCUACCAGAAGAGGUGACAGUUAAAGGAUUUGAACCUUUAAUUCAGUUUGCCUACACUGCUAAACUGAUUCUAAGUAAGGACAAUGUGGAUGAAGUGUGCAAGUGUGUGGAAUUUUUAGGUGUCCAUGAUAUUGAGGAAUCCUGCUUUCAGUUUCUCAAAUUUAAGUUUUCGGACUCCACUGCAGACCAGCAAGAAUGCCCAAGAAAAAAAUGCUUCCCGUCACACUGUCAGAAAACAGACCUUAAAUUUUCACUUUUGGACCAGAGGGAUUUAGAAAUUGAUGAAGUGGAGGAAUUGGAAAAUAAAAAUGUUCACACUCCUCAAUUUAAACUCUGUAGGUAUCAAGGAAAUGCAAAAGUAUCACCUCCUCUACAAGACAGUGCCAGUCAAACAUGGGAAUCCAUGUGCUUAGAAAAGGAUGCUGCUCUGGCCUUGCCAUCGUUAUGCCCCAAAUACAGGAAGUUCCAAAAAGCAUUUGGAACUGACAGAGUCCGUACUGUGGAAACCAGCAUCAAAGACGUUCACACUUCUUCUGUGCAGCCAAAUGAGACGUCUGAAAAUGAAUGUUUAGGGGGAAUCCAGGACUGUGCAGAUUUGCAGGUGAUUUUAAAAUGUGAAGAAAGUAAAUUAGCAGUGGAACAUGAAGAACCCAAGAAGAAAGAUCCGGCUUCUCAGUGUCCAUCAGACAAAACAGAGGUGACUCCUUUCCCCCACACUGCUUCGACAGACCCUCCUGGGCUCUAUUCUCUGUCUCUUUUACAAACAUAUGACCAAUAUGGUGACUUGAAUUUUGCUGGUAUGCAAAACACAACAGUGUUAACAGAAAAGCCCUUGUCAGGUACAGAUGUUCAAGAAGAGAAAACGUUUGGGGAAAGUCAAGAUUUACAAUUGAAAUCUGACUCUGGCCCCAGGGAAGAUAGUAGCCUUGCCUCUAGCGAUCGGAGUAGUGUGGAACGGGAAGUGGCAGAACACCUAGCCAAAGGCUUCUGGAGUGACGUUUGCAGCACGGACUCUCCUUGCCAAAUGCAGUUAUCCCCUGCCAUGGCCAAAGACGGUUCAGAACAGAUCUACUCGCAGAAGAGGUCUGAGUGUCCCUGGUUGGGUAUCAGGAUUAGCGAGAGCCCGGAACCGGGUCAGAGGACUUUCACAACGUUAAGUUCUGUCAACUGCCCUUUCAUAAGUACUCUGAGUACCGAAGGCUGUUCAAGCAAUUUGGAAAUUGGAAACGAUGAUUAUGUUUCAGAACCCCCGCAGGAACCUUGUCCGUAUGCUUGUGUGAUUAGCUUGGGAGACGACUCUGAGACAGAUACUGAAGGAGACAGUGAACCCUGUUCAGCCAGAGAACAAGAAUGUGAGGUAAAGCUGCCAUUUAAUGCACAACGAAUAAUUUCACUCUCUCGAAACGAUUUUCAAUCCUUGUUGAAAAUGCACAAGCUGACUCCAGAACAACUGGAUUGUAUCCACGAUAUUCGAAGAAGAAGUAAAAACAGAAUUGCUGCACAGCGCUGUCGCAAGAGGAAACUGGACUGCAUACAGAAUCUUGAGUCAGAAAUUGAGAAGCUGCAAAAUGAAAAGGAGAGCUUGUUGAAGGAAAGAGAUCACAUUUUGUCAACUCUGGGUGAGACAAAGCAGAACCUAACUGGACUCUGCCAGCAAGUCUGUAAAGAAGCAGCUCUCAGUCAAGAACAAAUACAGAUACUCGCCAAGUACUCAGCCUCAGAUUGCCCACUGUCAUUUUUAAUUUCUGAAAAAGGAAAAAGUACUCCUGAUGGUGAACCUCCGUUACCAUCCAUUUUGAGUCUACCUGAGGGGCCUGCAGCUGGGCCGCCGGCGGGAGAGCAAAGCCCUUGCUAUCCCAGCACGAAGAGCAGCGAGGCGGGCCGUGCGCGGGGCCAGGAGUCCCGGCCGACUUCCAGUGCCACCUCUGAGCAAGCUGGGCUCCUGGAACGGUGUCGGCAGAGCGGCGGCAUCUCGGAUUUCUGUCAGCAGAUGACUGAUAAGUGUACUACUGAUGAGUAAACUUGCAUUCACUUCCUUCGAACCAUCUGAUCUUCUACUGAAGAUCUGACGUUGUCUUGCAAGCCUAAUACAGCCAUCUGUCUUUUAACAAUAUUGUUUUUCCCCCUAGUAGUUUGCUGUUAAGGCAGUUCCUCUAAAGACAGCCCUGACUUUUCCUUCAUUUCCACAGGAGAUGCAGAAAUGAUUUGCUUCCUGGAUACUGAAAAAUCACAUGUGAAAAUGUAGUAAGGCUUUAAAAGCUUGUGCUUUAGAGAAUAAUAACUAUUAGUAAUAACUCUUCCCAGUAUUCAAAAUAAAUAUGAAAAUGAAAACUGCAGCAUAUCAAACAACAGUUUAACAUCUUGUUAAACGUCUGCAGACAGUUCCUACUAAAGAAGUAGCCUGCAGGGGUUUAGGAAUCUGACCUUUUUGUAAUAGACUGGUUUAAAAGAACAUUUCUCCCCAAGUAAUGCUGAUAGAGUUCUAUCUACUCAGAAGCAGGGUGUCAGCUACUUGGGCGUCUUUGUGUAGAACUGCGGUGUGAGAAAUAGUGGAAUGGUCUUGCCUGAAUCCUGGAGCUUUGCUCUUCAGCUCCUGCUGAAAGCAAGGAUGGACUGGCUGCACUGUGCCUCCUGAGCAGCGCUGGGAGUAGUUAGGAAACAAGGGCAGGCAGCUGGCCUAAGGCGGAGCUUCUGCUCCUCCUCCUUGAGCAAUUCUGUCUGCAUGAACAGUAGGUAAGUGUCAUUUUCCCUCUCUUCUUUUUUCUCUUCAGUCUCUAACACAUCUGGUUCCAUCCUGAUCUUUCUGUCUCUUGACAUUCUUGUCCCUUUGGAAGGAGAAAUAGGACUCAGGAUACAGUGGCAUGAGUGAACGCAUUGGCAGCAUAGGCUUAGCCACCCAGAAUCCUGGCAAGCUUAUCAAGACACAGGGCUGUUUGCCUUCCCACCAUAGCUCACCCAUGCCAGAAAAACAGAUGUCACAGGCAAAGAAAAUGCCCCACAGUUAUCAGGAGUGCAGUUCAUUUUUCAUCCUAUUUUUGAAGUCCCUUGGUUUAAUUGUAAAAAGCAUUAUUGUAGAUAAAAAUGUAUCUACAGCAACUGUGCAGGUUUGUGAAAUAGGGUGAAACUUGAUCUUGUUCCAUUGUGGGUUUGAAUUUGGAAACCAGACUUAAUCUUACUUUCUUCUCCUGGUCUGGUGUAUAAGGGUACACAAAUCAUUUUGAUUUGGCUAUUUUAAAAUCAGUCUUCGUGUUUAUUCAGUCCUGUUUUAAAGUAAUAGUUUUUAUAAUCUGAGCACCUACCCCAGAACAUUUUGCAGCGGUUCUCAGCCGUUCUGGUGUUACAGGCUUAUUUGGGAGUCAGAUGAAGGCUGUAGACUGUGGGCCUUCACGACAGUUGAAAAACUCCAUGUAUUCGCAUUCACAGAAACAUCUGCAGAACCUAGUUUUAAAGGGUGCAAAGGAGUAAUUUAUAGUGUUAGGAUUAGAAAGUGCUUCCUUUCACUAAGAUCAGAUACCUGAGAGAGAGACUUAUAUAGAUUGCAGCCUGAGUCCAGUGAAGGCUCUGGGUGGCUAACGUAGGAGACAACCAUCCACCGUGUAGGAGUGAAUCUGAUGCAAGUAGACCUUUGCUGUAAGAGUAUAUGGGGACCAGACUUAAUGUCGCAGAGUAAUUUGUCAAAUGUUACCCUUUUUGAUGGGUGGGGUAGAUAUUGCUAGUAUAUUUUCAGUGGUUUGUAUGUUGUUUCUCUUAUUGACUUAGUUGUUGUAAGAGAAAAUAAUUGGACUUGUUUAUUUCCUAGAAGCUUUUUAUAAGAAUUUGUCAGGGAGAAUGAUGAUUCUGUGAUAAUGCAUCCCAAUACAAAAGAAUUGUGUGUGUGUGUGUGUAUGUAUAUAUAAUAUAUAUCCCCAUGUAGCUGUUUCUUUGAUACUUGUAAUUUUAAAUGUUAACAUCAAAAUAUAAAAUAAUAUAAAAACUUUUCUGGUUUACAAUAUGUAAAAUCUUACACAAGCCAAUGGAAUCCUUGAUUUCCUACCUCACUGUACACUCAGCUGUUCAUCAUAUCAGUUUGUGUAUGUGCAAAUGUCAAAUAAUCUUUUACUUUAAUUGCUACUGUAAAUAACUGCUUUGAAAGGUUGUGUACUAUUUUAUGAUAAAACCUAGUUGUUUCCAGAGUUUAAAUAUGAUUUUUAUGGCACUUGGUCUAAAUUUCUCUCUACAUAUAAAUAGUUAGAGCAUUAAGGGUUUAUUUUAAUGAUAUUCUGGUUAUUUGCCAAGUGUAAUAUUUCCUGAACUAUAGCAUUACUUUUAAUAGCCAGCAUGUAAUACAAGUAACUACACUACCUCAUACCUACAUGAUUUUCAAGUUGUAAUACAGAGGGACAGAGAUAAAAAAAUUUUAUCUUUGUUUUUUGGCCAUAAGGUGGGGAAAUUUUCUAUAUACUGCAUAGCAUUAUACAUUUAUUUUAACAUUAACUUCUAAAGAAGUUUUUUCUAAGAAAAUUUCUUUUCAGUUGAUUUUUUUUUUUUUGAGACUGCCGAAGACAAAUGACAGGAUUAUGUGUAUACAGUGUAUAUCUUUUCCUUCAUGCAGAAUUUUGGAAAGGUUGUUUUCAGUUUGUAUAUUGCGUAUUUACAUGAUCAUUGUUCCUUAUUUUGUGAAUUGGCCUUCUCAAUGCUUGAUGAUUUUUAAAAAGCUGUUAUGUCUAUCUCAGUAAAUAAUAUUACCUUAAAAUUCUUUUAAUUAUUUGAAUUCCACAGCUAUAGCAAAUAACUUGUUAAAUUGUUAUAUUCAAAAUAAAUAUGGAUAUAAAUGUUGGUUCUUCAUCUGUAAAUUUUAUAACAUAAUUUACUAUAGCUUAAGGUUUAACCAGUUUUAAAUAAGGAAUUAAAUAUAUUUGAUGCAGAAGACGAUACAGGUUGCAUGUGGACGCUGAGCCACAUCAACAACUUGGAAAAAAUAUCAAACAAAUGGCAAUUUUAUAAUGAAUUCUCAGGUGAACUUUUUUCAGUUAUAAAACAUCUAUUUUGAAUUUGUAAAUAUUUUAAGUGUUUUAUUAAGGCAUGUAAUAAACUAUUCUUUGAAACCUGUUGGGAAAAAUGAAAAUUUAAAGCCAUAAUAAUAAAAGAUGGCAUACUGAUUGUAAAUAAACAGAAAUAAUAACAUCUAUUGAUUUUUUUUGUAUCUUGCAUAAUAUAAUUUUCUAACAAUGCAAUAAAACCACUAAAUUUUUUAUCCAUAUCCUAUUAAGAUCAUGUUUCAUUAAAAGUAAACUUUUGUAAUAUUUAAUUUACAUUUUCUUCCUUAUGUGCUUAUCCAACUGUAGCAAGCUAUAAAUGUUAGAUGUUGGUGAUAAAUUGACAGUUGAAUAAAAUUCUCUAAAAUUACUUCUAA